UCUCAUCGCUCUCCCUGCCUCCUCCGAGUGUUUCCCCUCAGCACCGAAUCUUCGUUCCCUGAGGAGUUAGGAUGUCUCUGCUCUCCGAUCUCGUUAACCUCAACCUCACCGAGUCGACGGAAAAGAUCAUUGCAGAAUACAUAUGGAUCGGCGGUUCUGGGAUGGAUAUGAGAAGCAAGGCCAGGACACUUCCUGGGCCCGUGACCGAUCCAUCAAAGCUGCCAAAGUGGAACUAUGAUGGUUCAAGCACGAAUCAAGCUCCUGGUGAUGACAGUGAGGUCAUCCUUUAUCCUCAAGCGAUCUUCAGGGAUCCAUUUAGGCGGGGAAACAACAUCCUGGUUAUGUGCGACACUUACACGCCUCAAGGAGAUCCAAUUCCUACAAACAAGAGGCAUGGUGCUGCCAAGAUCUUCAACCAUCCAGAAGUUGUAGCUGAAGUGCCAUGGUAUGGUAUUGAGCAGGAAUACACUCUCCUUCAGAAGGAUGUGCACUGGCCCAUCGGAUGGCCCGUUGGUGGCUUCCCUGGUCCUCAGGGACCCUAUUACUGUGGUGUUGGAGCUGACAAGGCUUUUGGCCGUGACAUUGUCGAUUCACAUUACAAGGCAUGCCUUUAUGCUGGAAUCAACAUAAGCGGCAUCAAUGGUGAAGUUAUGCCUGGGCAGUGGGAGUUCCAAGUUGGUCCUGCUGUUGGUAUUUCUGCUGGAGAUGAGUUAUGGGUUGCUCGUUACCUCCUUGAGAGGAUCACAGAAAUUGCUGGAGUCGUUCUCUCUUUUGACCCAAAACCUAUUCAGGGUGACUGGAAUGGAGCUGGUGCCCAUACCAACUACAGCACGAAGUCCAUGAGAAGCGAUGGUGGUAUCCAUGUUAUCAAGAAGGCAAUUGAGAAACUCGGCUUGAGACACAAGGAACAUAUUGCUGCCUAUGGAGAGGGUAAUGAAAGGCGAUUGACAGGGCGCCAUGAGACAGCAGAUAUCCAUACUUUCUCAUGGGGUGUUGCAAAUCGUGGUGCCUCAAUUCGCGUCGGUCGUGACACUGAACAUGCAGGAAAAGGCUAUUUCGAGGACAGGAGGCCAGCCUCCAACAUGGACCCAUAUGUGGUCACCUCCAUGAUUGCUGAGACCACCAUCCUGUGGAAGCCAUGAACCCGAAAAGUAUGAUUAAGAAUGGUGGUGGUUGAUGAUGAUGCAUCUUGUGAUUACCGGGGCCGUUUUUGCUGGACUGUGGAUUCUGCUCUAUUAGGCUGUUUCUAUUUGUUCUGCUUAUUCUAGUUUCCUGUCUGAUUAGUUUCUUUUGUGCCACAUUGGCUCUACCUUGGUUAGAGACUUGGUAUCCUGUGCUUCUGCUCCCAUAAGGAUGCAAGCUUGCAUCUUGUUGGUGGCGCUUGGACUUGGGAUGGAUUUUCUGCUUUCAUUCAGGGGAAAUUGAAUAACACAGUAAAUGCUGAAACAGGCUUCCUCUUA